GCUACUCGUCCGGUGAACAACGCGGCGCGCUUGCGUCUCUGCUCUGCUCUGCUCUGUCCAUUGCAUCGCACGGCUGUCCCGUGUCAUUCGAAAGUGUCGUCGUCGUCGUCUCGUCUGGCGCUGUUUCAUCUCGCGUGCAGCGAACCGAUCUCCCAAUCUUCCAAUUGUGGUGACGUCAAAAUUGUAGCAACAAUUGCAUUCAAUACGUGAAGAACAAAUUGUCGGAAAAAUGCAUUGCAGUUGGAAUUUCAACUGGAGCUGGACUCUGAUAUGGAUGUCGGUUCUGAUUCUGGCGCUGGCCGUGGAGGUACGGUCCGAGGAGUGCGGCCAGGAGGAGUUCACCAAGUGCGCCGAACCACUCGAAAUGCUGCAUUUAACGCCAGAGUUCUCGAUUGGCCCCGCCAAAAAGGAGGAACUGGACAAACUUUGCCACGAACUGCGAAAGGGGGUGCGAUGCAUCCAGAGUUACACGCGACGCUGCAUGGAUCUGCAGCAGAGGAACCAGUUCAACAAGCUCUACCACGGCACCAACCAGUUUAUCCGCGAUCUGUGCAACAAGGGGGAGUUCCAGGAGGAGUACCUGAAGCAUGUGCCCUGCUCGGAGAUGGCCAAGAAGGAGUUCGAGGUGUGCGCCACUCGCUACAAGGAGACAAUGGUCUUUCUGAAGCCGAACAAGAACCAGGAGAAUCCCGAAAACGGCACUCUGAAUGAGAACAUCAAAACCAUUUGCUGCUCCAUCAACGAGCUCGUGGACUGUUCGGAGAUGGCAGCCCGAAGAAUCUGUGGCAAUGAGGCGGCCAAGUUCACGCGGGAGCUGGUCGAUAAAUACGCCAACAGUUUGACCAAGACCUAUUGCGAGGACUUUACCCGUAGUCCGGGCCUCUGUCGCGAUGAUGAGCGCAAUGGUGCCACUGGGGUGCUACUGCAGAGCAGUCUGGGUCUGCUAAUGACAAUGACGCUGGUUGCACUGCUGGUCAGCAGCCGCCGAAGCAGCAGAUAAAUACCAGGCCACAGCUACAGUUAAGUGCAAGAUUCUAGAACCAGUUUACACACACACAGCAAAAGCAGCAAAAAGGAGCGCAAAAUAGUUAAGGUUUCCCCCCAAGCACAAAAACACAAACACACACAGCAAGAAUUCCACGCCCGGUUGCAUACUUUUGAGGGUCAGUUUACGCCACUAAAAAGUAAAAUGAACUAAAUGUUAGGUAUGUUAUGUAUACCAGUACCUAGUAUAUGCAUAUAGAUACAUAUAUCAGAAGGAGAUGGCAGUGAAGUGCAGAGUGCAGAGUAUUACUAAGCGUCGUACUAUGUUAUGGGGCAUGUAUGUGUAUGUACAUAUGCCGCUAGUUAAAGGGUGUAGGCUAGCUGUAGUUAGUCCCAGUGUUGUUGAGUGUGCCACAGAAAGAGUUGCUUGUUACGGGCCCCCACUACUUUACCACACCCACCCUCCCAACCCCCUUGUCGAUCGUGCAAUAUAUAGAGUUGAGUUUCGUUGAGUUUGUUACAGUCUCUAAGUGUAGGACAUAAUUUAGUUUCUAAGUUUGUAAGUUCCUUAAAAAUUCCCCACUACCCCCCAGCAAAAAUCCAGCAAACAAAUUAAAAGUGCAUUUCUUUGAAUGGAAAUUCUACGAAUUUGUAGAAUAUUUGUAGGACCCAACUAGUGGUUAGCGAUUAUUUAUUUUACACACUGUAAAUACCUUCAGGCGUACUCAAAAAUUGAUAAAGUUAUAGAUAAAAGCAUUAUGGAAAUACUAUACACAUAUAAAUAAAUAAAUAUAAAUAAAUAUUA